UAUUAACAACCUUUCUUCAAACAAUCAGUAGGAAGUAUGAAUUCGGUUGAGACUAUACAGCGUUUUAUUAAACUUGGCUUGCUGCCAUUAAGCAAAGAUAAAAAUGGCGAACCUAAACUAAAUCUAACCAACGAGAAGUUUAUAAUCCUCAACUUGGUCAGAAUGUUGGGGAUAACUGGAUAUCUUUAUUUAAGCAUCAUUGAUCUGUUAAAUAACGACCUCAGCAUGAAAUCAGGGAUAUCAUUUACGUUCAGAAUACUAGGAUAUUUGGGCGGAUUUGUUUUGCCAGCACUCACAGCUAUCACAGGACAACGCUUGGGACCUAAUUCCUUCCGAGGUCAGAGUGAUACUUGUUGCUGGAAAAAUUGGACAUUAAUUGGAGUUUUGAUAUCUCUUUAUGCAUUUGGAAUUCUAACCAUGCAUAUACACUUUCUUCUCAGAAAGGAAACGGUGGCAGAAUUUUCUGUGUUUUUCAUAUGUUUGGCGGUUAACUUUCUGUUCAUUUACUUGGAUUACGGAGUUUUAAUGGCCUCUUGCUUUCUUUGGGUCAACGAUUUAAAAUCAAAGUUAAAACAUAUCCUGGCCCAAAAUAAAGCAACAGUUGAAGAAUUUGAGGAAAUCUUGCUUGAAUUCUCAAAGCUGAGAUAUUCAAUGGAAGUUCUUGCAUCCUUUGUAUUUCCACUUUCUCAAGUACUAGCCGUGGCUUCAGCUUACCUAGGAUUUACUGCAGAGAACAUUUACAUCUAUGGCAGUCUUCUGCCCUCAACAGGAAUUAUUUUUCUGCUGCUGACUGUUGUGAAUGUUCUUGAGGAUCUAUAUAAUCUAAUGGAUGAAGCUACAGACAAGGCAGAGGAUCAAGGUCUACAACAAUUGACUCUUCGAGAAAUGCAAAGAUUCAAGAUUGUUGCUGCUAAGUUAAGGAGUGUGGGAUCCUUUACUGGCUUCGGUUUCUUCACUAUCCAACGUGACACAUUGACAGCUAUGCUUGAAACUACUAUAACCUACAUUAUCAUUCUGUUUCAAUCUAUUUCUUAGGAGCUUAAGACAUGUAUAUUGUUUAUUCUCAAAGUUGUCACAAUUUCA